GUUUAUUAAGCUCGUUCCUGAUUUGUUACCAUCUUUACAUAGCGACCACAUAGUAACCGCUGAACUAGGAGUAAAGAAAACACUCGUAUUAGCGUUUAGUGUUGAUCAAAGGACAAAAUGAGCCAAAGACAGGUUUUGCAAGUUUUUGAGCAGUAUCAGAAGGCUAGAACAGGAUUUGUUCAGACAGUAGCCGAGUUAGCCAGCAGGCCCCAGAACAUUGAAACUCUUCAGAAUGCUGGAGUUAUGUCCCUUCUCCGACCGCUCCUACUGGACAUAGUUCCAACCAUUCAACAGACAGCUGCCCUGGCUCUCGGCAGACUGGCCAACUACAAUGAUGAUCUGGCAGAAGCUGUUGUAAAGGGAGAUAUUCUACCCCAGCUUGUCUAUUCCCUGGCUGAACAGAAUAGAUUCUACAAAAAGGCAGCAGCAUUUGUGCUGAGAGCAGUUGCCAAACACUCCCCCCAGCUGGCUCAGUCUGUUGUGGAUUGCGGGGCCCUUGAUGCUUUAGUUAUAUGUUUAGAGGAAUUUGACCCUGGAGUAAAGGAAUCUGCUGCAUGGGCACUGGGAUAUAUUGCUCGUCACAAUGCAGAAUUAGCCCAGGCUGUUGUGGAUGCUGGGGCAGUCCCCCUCCUUGUUUUAUGUAUCCAGGAACCAGAACUGUCCCUGAAGAGGAUCGCUGCCUCUGCUCUUAGUGACAUCUGUAAACAUUCACCAGAACUGGCUCAGACAGUGGUCGAUGCUGGCGCCAUUGCUCAUCUGGCUCAGAUGAUUCUCAAUCCUGACGCUAAACUCAAGCGUCAAGUUUUCUCAGCUCUGAGUCAGAUUUCCAAACACUCUGUUGACCUAGCAGAAAUGGUCGUGGAAGCAGAAAUCUUCCCAGCAGUUCUGACCUGUCUGAAGGACCCAGAUGAGUAUGUUAAGAAAAAUGUUGCCACCUUGAUCAGAGAAAUUGCUAAACACACUCCGGAGUUGGCUCAGCUGAUCGUGAAUGCAGGAGGUGUGGCUGCAGUCGUAGAUUAUGUUGGAGAGUCUAAAGGAAAUAUACGACUUCCUGGAAUCAUGAUGCUGGGAUACGUAGCGGCUCACUCAGAAAAUCUAGCCAUGGCAGUCAUUGUAUCUAAGGGAGUGGUUCAGCUUGCCAUUGCUUUGUCAGAGGAACCAGAAGAUCAUAUACAAGCCGCAGCGGCGUGGGCACUAGGACAGAUAGGUCGCCACACUCCUGAACAUGCAAAGGCAGUGGCAGUAGCUAACGUUUUACCCAAAUUACUACAGUGUUACCUCAGAGCAGAUGCCUCUGAAGAUCUUCAGACAAAGAGCAAAAAGGCCCUGAAAAACAUCCUACAGAAAUGUGUCCAUCUCCCCGCACUGGAACCACUCCUCCACGAUGCUCCACCAAAUAUCCUCAAACACGUUGUUGGACAGUUCAGCAAAGUUUUACCACACGAUUCCAAAGCCAGACGCCUCUUUGUCACAAGUGCAGGACUUAAAAAGAUACAAGAAAUCAAAGCCGAACCUGGCUCAGCCCUCGCAGAAUACAUCAACACAAUUAAUAACUGCUACCCAGAAGAAAUUGUCAAAUACUACUCCCCUGGCUAUUCCGAUACCCUGCUAGAGAGAGUAGAACAAUACCAGCCCAGUAAAUAAACAAUUUAACACCAAGUGCAAAAAGGACACAAGUGCAAAAAAGGACGCUUUAUAAUUUAAAUGUGACAAAAUUGUGACAAACAAAGGAUGGAAGUUCUUUUUUUUAUUUGCUAGAGAUCUACAUGAAAUAUAGCAUUUAUAUGUUUAGCAGUUUGACGAGUAUGUAAAAACAAUAAUUUGAAAAAUUUACAAAUCUAAUUAUAACAAUUAAAUUUUAUAUUGAGUAUAUAUAACAGUUAUAUAAUACUCAUUGAUAUUGGGAAGUGUGUAUUAUUUGCACAUACAUGUAUAUGUAACUAUUUUCUGUUUCAAGAACGAUUGAAUUUUAAAAAAGUAGGACAUACAGAAAGAAUAAUUUAUUUUAAUUCACUACUCAAACAAUAAGGAAUUCAAACUUAAAACUGUAAUGAAAGAGGAGUCAUUAAAAUAGAAAAUGAGAA